AUGCGACGCCAGAGGGACGCCGAUGGAAAACAAGCGGCUCAGCCUCGAGAGGUCAACAGUCUCCUCCAUACGCUGAGAGGAGAACAGUUCAGACACUCGCAAAACCUACGCCGAUCGAGAACGCAUUUGAAGGCUCUCGGCUCGCGCACCUACAAUGACCCCUCCCUCCCCUUCUUUGAUAUCUACAAAUACGCUCAUGCGCCAUCGGACGACUCUACUCGUGAAGAGGAUCGCCCCCCUCCUCCUCUCCCGGUCAUCCGCGAGGGCCACUUGGAGCAUGGGUACCCGCGCGGGGCCGUACCGGGCCCGCCACCGCCGAGGAGCUGGAGCGGCCUCUUCAGGCAUCACGACCGAGAACACGACGCUGAGGACAGGGACACCGUCGCUUUCCGCCGCCGAGCAUUGUCGCUGGUCUUCUCGCAUACGCCCUGGAGCUUCGGGUCGGGCGACGUGCCGCGCCUCCGCUCUGGGGACGGCGGCUACAGCUCGGACGACGAGCCGGCCGUCCCUCCGCUCACGCAGCUCUGCUUGCGAGUCUUGCUUGCGGCGUUUCCGGACGCGGCGGAGUUCAGGGACGAGCUGCUGGAGGUGCUGCCGCCGAUGUUCCGCAGGGACCUGUUGCGGUAUACGGCGGUGCACGGGCCGCUGCCGAAUGGGAAGCUGUAUGCGCUCUUCGAGCCGGAGGGGCAUGUGGAUGGGGAGGUUAUCGUGGUGGGCCCGCAGACGACGCUGCAAAGGGAUCUCUUUGUGAGCUUCUCGCCUCACUCGGCGUCGCACAGAGACGGCGGGGACGAAGAGGCGGAGGACAGGCAGGAGGGACCCUCCGGCAGCGGUCAGGCGCAGAGUAGUCUGUUCGGACCAGACACAGAAGGGGCAGAGGCCGAGGCCGAGGCAGAGGCGGGAGAGGAGGAAGCAGACGACUGGGAGGCGGAGUCGUCUUCGUCGCAAGAGCCGCCUCCUCCGUUGCACACGCUCAUCGUGCUCAACGCCCAAGUGCCGUCGGCGACGCUCUUCCUUUUGCCUCUGACCCUGACCCGACUCGCCCUGCUGGCCCUUCCGGUGCCCAGUCCUCAGGUACACCGCCUGCCGAGGAUAUGCCCCUUGCUCGAGGUCCUGGACCUGUCAUACAACCCGUGGCUGAACGACCCCCCUGGAGGGAAGGGACACGCGAACAUGGAGAGCACGCUGGACCGCAUAGAGUGGGAGAAGUGGGCGCGGCUGCAGGUGCUCGGACUCCGGAUGUGCAACGUGCCGGAGAGCAUCAUCGCACGCGUGAACAAGGGCCGGCUGGGGGACGAGGUAGAGAUAGUCGGGCUGGACGAACAGACGUUUGGUGGUAGUCUAGAUGUCGUCGAGGGAAUGAUGAGCAGUUUGCGGUUGUCUGACUGA